ACCUGCUGUACCUGUUGAAUGAAAGCUGCUACCAUAGUUGCAGGUUAAAGCGACAGUUUGCUGCAAGAGGAUCCCCCACCCCAGCUAUAAGGUGAUAUUAUUUAUAAGAUUAACUAAUUAUAUUAUAGUCACUCAUUAUGCAGUUUAAUUCACAUGUGUCUAAUCUGUCAGGUUUUACAUGUGUUACAGUGUAAAAGUCUAGAAGUAUAGUGGGAAACAUCCAGUACAGUAUAACAACAUGGAUUAAACAGAUAUCAACUCAUUUCACAACUCUGGAAUGUAAAGGAUAGCGAUUCAGAACUUUCUCCUGCCUUGCCCUUCAACUCCCAUCAUGGUCAGCCAGCCAAAACUGGGUUUGUUGGGCACAGUGUGAUAUAACAUUACAUUGUAUUAAAACAAACAUUCCAAUUCUGGAAUGUAAAGAAUGGAGAUCAGAACCUUCGCCUGCCUUGCCCUUUAACUCCUGUCAGAUCAACUAGCCAAAACUGGGUUUGUUGGGCACAGUGUGAUAUAACAUUACAUAGAAACAUAGAUACAUAGAUUGUAUUAAAAGGGUUAAUAUGAGAUCAGUUACUUACAACUAUUGUCUAAAUGAGGUAUUAUGGUGUAUAUUUUUAUGUUUUUUUUUUUUUAUCCUAACAGGGUUCAGUACACUGGUAAUUUACACUGCUAAUUGUAGCAAAUGAAAAUACUUGUAGCAAAAUUUGGCUUGAUUUUGGCACCAAAAAAAAUCUACAACUCAGUUAUAGUUGCAGUUUAAGGAUUUUAGCCAGAAUUUUGUUUUUUUAGAUUUCAUUUUCCUACAAUUCAGACUAUAGCGAAUAAGUCUUUUGCAAUUUAGUUUUAAUUUCUCUACAGUGGUGCAUAACAAAUAUACCUCAUAUAGUAUUAUUGUUAUUAGUAUUUAUAUAGGGCAAACAUAUUCUGCAGCGAUUUACAAUUAAAGAAUGGGGGUAUCAGACAUUGAGUAAUUGACAUACAAAAUAUUAACACAGACAAGAGCUGAAGAAGGCGUGACUUGUUGACGUAGAUUUAGUGUUGCCACCAUCAAAUCAACUUAAUGAACCCAUCAGAGAAUUUAGCAAUGGCGCUAUUAUUAGAUAUGUUGAAUAUGGCACCAUGAGAAGAUUUAAUUUAUAUUAAAAAUGACCUGCCAUCAGCAUUUUUAAUAAAAUAAUUUUAUAAAACUUAGCUAUUUUCUUUUUAAAAAGGAUACACAAAUUCACACAACCAUUUAAAAAAACACAUGCACAUUUUCAGAUCGAAAGCAGAAAACUCUACAGUUCUUUUACAGAACACAUAUCAAAUUUUAAUUCACUUAAAGGAUAGGCUCUAAAAUUUAGAUUUGUAGAUGGCUACUCAUAAAUUGCAUGUAAGAGAAAUUUUAGAAGCUUAUCGCCGUGGAGAAUGUCACCUUAGGUAACAGGGCCUAGUACAGCAUAAUCUCAUUGCCUUAAUCUAAGAAUGAAUGUCUCUGCCAGAGAGAGAAGAAAGUGAAUUCUCCAAAUCUAAGACUUUGCAACUUCAUAUAAUGGGGCAUCCAGUGGAGCACAACACUCAAUUACCUAUGUAGCCACAUCCAAAUCAGUCUGAAAGAAAUAGAAGGGAUUGUUAUCAAUGUUACUGAUUUAAAUAUGCUGAUGCUUUGACGGCAUGAUACUGGUUAGGUGCACCAUAGAGCAUAAACAGUUGUGUAAGAAUAGAUAGACGGAAGAAUAGGGUGGUCCAGGAUUGCACUUUAUUAUGUUAAAGGGAUACUGCAGUCAGCACAAAAACUUUAUCUAAUUGAAGACUUUAUGGGCCUUGGGGGUCCUGGCACAGUCUUACAUUACGGGGUUGACACUGGUAGACUAUCACUCGCCGCCCGUUGAGAGGAAUGCCCACUGAGAGGAAACAAACAUAUGUUUCAAAAUCAUUUCUUUCAACAGGUGGCCAGUGAUAGGCUUAGAGUAUCAGCUGAUCGUCUCAGCCUAUCAAAAACAUUGCCUGUGCUGAAGGAGUAAACCAAAGAGCAGUUAAGUUAACUUAGGGAUUAAACCAAAACAAAUCAGUGUAACCAGUGGCGUACCUCACUCCAAGGGGCCCGGCCGCAGCCACAACCCCUAAGACCGCGGGCCGCCUGGAUACCUUCUGGGCCGGUGCAGGAGGGGAGAGCUGUGCCGAGCGAUCUGUCAGGAAAUGCUCACUAAGCAAGCACUUCCUGUCAGACGGGGAUGUUGUCUCCCAUGUUCCCCCUGUCAUGAGGGGGCUCAAGAGGUGGCCUGCUGGACCCCCGGCAGGCGGCUGUGUUCCCGGCAGAGGCGGUGAGGGAGCUGUGUUCUCCCUGCUCUGCUCCCUCGCACGCCGUUUGCUGAUGCCGGGAGCCGGAAUAUGAUGUCAUAUUCCAGCUCCUGGCAUCAGUAGACAGCCCGCGCGGCAUGAUGGAGCAGAGCAGGGAGAACACAGCUCCCUCUCCAUCUCUGCCGGGAACACAGCCGCCCGCCACACUGAAGCCCCACUGGACCCCAGGGACAGAUCCACGCCAGUUCUCCAGGUAGGGAGGAUGGGUGGACAUUUUUAAAUUUAAAAAAUAUGAAUAAUUUGUGUGUGUCUGUGAGUGCAUGUGUGUGUGUCUAAGUGUGUGUGUGUCUGUGAGUGUCUAAGUGGGUCUGUGAGUGUAUGUGUGUGUGUCUAUUAUUGUAUGUGUGUGUGUGUCUGUGAGUGUGUGUCUGUGUUUGUCUGUAAGUGUCUGUGUGUGUAUAUGUCUGAGUGUGUGUCUCUGUGUGUCUGUGAGUGUGUGUGUGUCUAUACAUGUCUGUGUGUGUAUCUAUGUGUGUCUGUAUGUAUGGGUCUAUGUGUGUGUCUGUAUGUAUGUGUGUGUCUGCAUGUGUAUCUGUCUGCAUGUGUGGGGGCUGGGACAUGUGGGUGGGCGGGGACGCAUGGGAGGCAGGGACAUAUGGGGUGGGAGGUAGAUGUAUGGGGGGCCCCAGGGCAAUUUUAGCACCUGGGCCCCGUGGUUUCCAGUUACGCCUCUGAGUGUAACUCCACAAUUUUAUAAUGGUUUAACCACAUAAGAUAGGACAGCGCCCAGGACAUCCAGCCCUCAUAACAAAUUCAAUGAGAUGAAGUUGGUUUGAGGGCUGGAGUGUUCCUUUAACUCUCUUGCCAUUGAGCAGCCAAUUGCACUGAAAGAAGCAACAAGAAACAAGCCACCCCACACUCUGGUUCCAUCUAAUGAUCCUGCAUGAUUAAGGCUUGAAGGAGCCCAAACAUCGCACUACUGAGGUUACUUACCCUGUUGUAAACACUGUGUGUGACAAUGGCAUCCUGGAGUGCUGACCAUUUUUCUGCUUCUCUUGCACUGUAAGAGUCAUUGGUUGACGGCACAACUCAUUGGUUAAUUAGACCAGGUUUUUUUAAAUGCCUACAAUUUAUUUUUUCUGUAGUGCUGAAGAAUCAAGACACAUACUUAGAGGUAGAUCUGGAAUGUUUUGAACUUAUAACUCCCAUCAUCGUCACCCAAGCAGAGCAUAGUUGAUAGUGAUGGGAGUUACAGUCCACAGCAUCUCCAGUGUCCAUAUUAGGUUAUGGAACUGUCCACAAGGGUUAUGAGUUUCCUUGUACUCUAAGGACAUGGAGUGACAGUGUAGGUGAGCUUCCUGUGACUGCAUUAAAUGGAAAAAUGAUUUUCCAGAGGAAUAAUACAGCAACUUCAGCGCAGGCACAAUAAUUGCUGUGAUGAAGAACAAUAGAUCUUCCUAUAGAAGAGUUCUCCUGCUCUCCCCCUGCCAUUCACGUCACCAUAAAGGCCUGUGCUGUUGGCAUUGUCUGCAUUGCAGAGAACCGAUUGACAGGCGGGGAAGGAAUACUAUAUAUAUAUAUAUAGAGAGAGAGAGAGAGAGAGAGAGAGAGAGAGAGAGAGAGUUUCUUAUCAAUUCUGUUGGCACAAUUUGCAGAUUACAUUUUAUAUAGCUUGAAUUGAAUUUUAUACUGAAAAAAGAAGUAAACAUGUGAUAGAAAUAUUAUACAUGCACACACAUAACUUAGCUUGAAACAUAAACAAGUAUACAUAUGAAAAAACAUCUGCUAAGGAGGCAUUUGAAUAAAAAAUGUCCACGGAGCACUCUCCAGCUUUAGUAAAACUACAAAUCCCAUGAUGCUUAGCAGUCGUUAUAUGUUAAAAGGUCUGUGUCUGACACUGACUGACCAUGGAUGGAUUUUCUGUUCCUCCAUUGCCAUGUAGAAUAAUUUUAAGAUUUACUACUGCUCUAUAGAAUUAUCAGAUUUAUUUGUUUAAUCUAAAUGUGCAGUCCUAGCCAUGAAUCGCUAACUCAUUAACGUUGCUUUGCGAAAAUAACAGGUAUUUCAGGUACGCAGAAGCCUAAAUAAUGUUUAACCAGACUGAUCUAUUCGACAGAUGUUUAAUUAAUGACAGACAUAACUAUGGAACCUAAUAGAAAACUGGGAUUUAACUUGUAUACUUAUCAGACUGAAAGACAAAGCAUUCAUAUCCAAUUCAAGUUUACCAUUAAAUCAGUAAAUAUAAGGAUGAUCUACAUAUUAUGUGUAUGGGGGGAGGAGAUGUGGCUGUACAAGUUAAUCCAUUAAUGUGGAGUCAAUCUACAAAUUACAGUUUUAUUACUUUGGUUUAUUUGCCAUUUAGAUGACUAUCACUCACUGUAAAUAUAGCAUCUAGUUUUAAAUAAAGUGGUUAUUGUCAAGCUAAAAUAAAAUUUGUAAUUUAAUAAUCCAUAUUUACAUUUGGGAAAUAUUAAUAUGUUAAUAUUACACCAAAAUGUAUAAAAAAAAAAAAAAAAAGACUCUUCUAUAAAGUUUUCUUUUCAAAUAAUUUUUAUUAAAGUUUUUUUUUUUGUAUAACAAAUGAUAAUAAUACAAACAUUGUAUUAGGGGUAGGAAAGGAGGGGUAACAUGGAAAUGGGAAGGGGUAUCCAUCCAUCAAUGAAAUAAACAUAUUAAAGUAGAAGGCAAAAGGAAAAAUGUUUUACAACAAUGCACUUUAACAAUAAAUAUAUCAAAGACCAUAAACUGUUUUGAUUUUUUUCUUCCCAUUUAUCCCAGUUGUAUUUUAGUAUUGGGAAACCAUGCAUAUUGGCUCUGUGUGAUAGUUCAUGUGCCUUAUUUUCUAAAAUCAAAUUAAAAACUUCUCUGAGAGAUGGCACAUUUUGAGACUUCCAAUGUCUAGGUAAACAGGAUGUAGCAGCGAUCAGAAUGUGGCCUAUGAUUAUUUUAUCUGAUCUAUUAACAGACUCCGGGAGUUUUUUAAAUAAGGCUAGUUCCGAGGUUAAGAUACUAAUGGUUCCGUUCACUUUAAUAAUCAGAUCGUGGAUCAUUUUCCAAUAAUUAAUUAACUUGGGGCAAAACCACCAGAUAUGAGCCAUAUUGCCCACUCCCCCACAGUCUCUCCAACACCGGUCAGAAUACAUAUUGUUCAUGUUAUGUAAUCUAGACGGAGCCAGGUACCAGCGAUAUAAGAUUUUAUAAUGAUUUUCAAAAUGGUCGGUGCAGUACGAAAUGCCUUUCAAACCUGUAAAGAAACCGAACCAUUCUACUAAAUCGUACUGGGCACCCAACUCCGUCUCCCAUGACAGCAUAUGUUUUCACUGAGUCCAUCAAUUUCCUAAAAAACUGCAACUGACCGGUGUUUGGAAAAUACAUGUUCACAAUAGUAUAUUCAAUAGUAUUGAGUGAUCCUAUCCAUAUUAAAUACCUCCCGUCAUCGUCCGUUAUAACUUUGUUUGUCAAGCAUGCUACAUUCCUGUGAAAAAAAAUCGAAGUACCUCUAGACUUGGAUUUAUAAGUGCAAUGGUAUUGAACUGGGAAAAGCUUUGACAUGAUUUUAUGGUCUUUAUCAUCUUUAAAAUGUGUUUCCUGUACACAAAUCACAUCUGAUUCGUUGGAUUUUGCUUCUUUGAAUAAUAAUCGUCUCUUGUGGGCGGUGUUCAGGCCUCUCACGUUAAAUGACAUAUAUUUUAAGACCAUGGUUUAUAGAACAGUAAUAACUGAUAAAGGGUAAAGGAACAUUCAAUCUUGUGAGAGUCCCAGCCACCACCUUCCAAGAGAGAAACAUGCAAGUCCAACAAAGCUAUUAAAGCAAACUCAAGCUGUGUGCUUGUGUGUACAGGAAUAAUGAGUAAACAGAUGAUUACAAUUUGCUGAUGCCACGUAUUAUGCAUUUUUGUAUGAAGCAUUGCAGUGUUUCGUGGUCUAAAAACAUUUCUACUGAACUUUAAAUGAUGAAUGGACAAAAAAUAUAAAAAAAUAAAAAAGGGGAACAAAAAACUUGGAUAUAUACCCCUAUCAGGGGUGAAACAAAAACAGUGAAAGAGGGCCAUGAGGGAGAACAAAAAAAGUUUCUCCAUCUCAGGGUGUUAGGCCCAGGUUGGGGGGAGAGAAGGCUACUGGGUGCAGGGGGAGCUAAUGUAGGUAGUAAAAAAACAAAAAGCAACUUUUUAAAUAUGACAAUUGAAAGGGUAAAAAGCACAGAACAAUUAAAAAAAAAAAAAUAUAUAAAAUAAAAUAAAAAAAUAAUAAAAUUAAAUAAAUAUGAAAUUAUAUAUAAAAAAAAUAAAAAAAUAUUUUGAUUGUAUAAGUAUAGAAAGUUUUAAAUAGAAGGAUCAGUUUCUAAAAUAAACCGAAAAAGGCACAGGACAAAUAACCGUUAGUGGAAGAACUCAGAAGUCUGUCAUAAAAAGGAGAAACAGAUCAAAAUUCAAAGUAAUCCCGAUAAAUCGCCGGACUGGAGCAGGACUCAAUGAUGACCAUAGAAAAGGAAGACUAUGUCUCUUUGAGCUGAGAUCUCAGGAAGUGUCUGAUUUGCUUCUCUUGCUGGCCUGAACAGGAGUAGAUGGCGAGAGUCUAUGAGGCGAAACCCGACGUCCAUUCAUAGUAUUGAUGAGUUCCAUUCCUUCUUCAGGCGACGUGACUAUAAAAUUCCGACCAUCCAUGCGGAAAAGGACUUUAACCGGGAAUCCCCAUCUAUAUCUUAUCCCUCUUCUUCUUAGCUCCGCAGUGAAAAGUUGAAAUUCCCUGCGUCGCUUCAUUGUUUGAGCAGAAAAGUCUUGAAAGACCUUCAUGCUGCUGUAAUCUCCUGUGAGACCUGACGUGCGUACUGCACCUAGAAAUUCUUCUUUAAUGUGAUAGUAGUGGAAUCUCACUAUCACGUCUUUGGGUGCAGCUGGAGGAGCAUUGCCGGGUUUGGGCAAUCUGUGGAUGCGAUCCAGUAAUAAAUCCGUAUUUUUUGCGUUUGGAAGAGCUGACUUCACCAUUGUCUGGAAAUAGCUUUGUAAUUCCUGGGAGUCGAUGUUAUCAGGGAUCCCCCUGAUCCUUAGGUUAUUACGCCUACUUCUAUCUUCAGCGUCGGCAAGCUUUUCUGCUUGUUGGUGCACUUGCUUUUGGAGCUCUUUUACGGUUUCAACCAAAUCCAGAUGAGAUUGCUCUUGAGAAUGCAAUUUAUUCUCUAUUAUUUCUGUACGCUGAUUAAUGCCCUCCAUGGCUCCAUAUAAUGUGUCAAAGUCAUUUUUAAAGUCAUUUUUCAAAUCAACUCUCAAAUCUUUAAUAAGUUGAAUUAUCAUGCCAGCUGACGGUGGCAGGUCUGCUGCCAAUUCAAGUGGCAUGUUAGGAUUAUAGGUCGCAGCUUUAAAUGUGGUAGUAGCCAUAUUGGAGGUGGCAGCGGCCAUCUUGGAAGUGGAAAAUACAGUAUCUGGACUGUCAGCCAUCUUUGUUGUGGCAACAUAACGUGUUCUCUGUGGUAGUGCAGAGAAGGCACUUUUUUGGAGCACUUCAGCCCCUAUUUCCAUAAGAUUUUCAUCUGGGCUUACUGUAGCCCUUGCUGCCCCUUUAAAUACUUUGGGUCGGACAGCAGAGGCCCCCCCCGCCGGGACCGACAGCCUGGAGGCUGAGGAUCCCGACGGGGAGCGUGACCUCACGCUGCCCUCCCCUUUACUUGCAACCCGGUCGCUUUUGUAAGUGAGCGACCGGGCUGCCCUGGAGUGAGACCGCGAGCGGCUUGCAGGGAGGUCCUUGCCGCUCGCGGGAGACACAGCACUGUGCUCCGAGCAUGCCGAGUGCUCGGAGCACUCUGAGCCGCACACAGGAGUGCCGGCUAGUGCGGUCGCGGUCCCGCCGCCCUCAGGAAGCUGCGGACGGGUCGCGGCCGCACAAGCAUAGGUUUUGGGGAGGGAGACCGGGCGGGAGACCGGGAGGGAGGUAGGGAGGGAUUUCCCCGACGCCACCAACGAAAGUUUAAGCGGCGAAACAAGCCGCGAGGCGGGUUUGGAAGCAGGGGAGCGAGCCUGGGAACCCUUACUCACCCCAGCCGCUCCUGCUUCCAUUUUCUUCGUCCCAGGAACGGAUUUUUCUGUUUUCUUUUGCUUCUGCAUGAUCAGUGCUAAGUUGACUUUUUGUAUUUUCAAUUAAAAUUGGUACAUUCAGAUUAAAAUUGUCACUUUAGGAACAAAAUUGUCCCCCUUGUCCAGGAGCCUCUCUAUAACGUGGCCAUCUAAGAUGGUGGCCAAGACACGCCCCUUUCUAUAAAGUUUUCUAACAGCACAUCUGAGAGAUGUAUGCAGCAAUCAGACACACCAAUCGGGAUUCUCUCAUUCUGGUCUUUGGGGUUGACCUUAUAAUCUUUCUGCAAAACCACUUAUCCCAUAAGCAUAGGAUGGAUCAGUUUAAAGGGACACUCCAGACCCCUAAAGCACUUUAGUUUCAUGAAACACUGUAUGUGUAAAAGGUGUGUACUCUUUAUUUCAUUUUACAAAAAGAGCAAGAUUCAAUAGAAAGUUACACUUUUAUAAAUGAAAAAAAAGAAAGGGUGAGAACUCUGAGAACGGACAAAAGCUUAGAGAGACUCGAUUACUUGCCCUUCGGUACAUCCCCACUCAGGUCUCAAAAUAGUUUUUGCUCACUUGUGACAUUACAGAGAGAACAUAUCUGAACCAUAUCAGACUGGUCCCACCAGUUCAGGCAGCCCUGAUCUGAAAUGCCUGCAAGCUCACUCCGCAAGAGAGAUACAGCAACCCCAGACGAUCGUUUUGGCCUUCUUUUGGGCCUCGUCAGUGAGGUGUAGCUGAUGUCCCUCUAGGCACAGUGAGCACCCCUGAGCAUCCCUGAGCAGAGGUAUACCGAAGGGCAAGCUAUCAAGUCUCUCUAAGCUUUUGUCCGUUCUCAGUGUUCUCAUCCUUUAUUUUUUUUUGCUUUUAAAAAUGAAUCUGGUAUCACCCCCUUGGCUUUAAAGGAGACAACAGGUCUUGUGUUACUUCUUGGUUUGGUUAGCUCAGUGGAGCUAAACUCAAAAGGCAGCAAUUGCUGCGAUCACCUGCCUUGCAAAGACUUCUUAUUGAACUGCACUGGGGGAGGGUUUGCAAAGGCAACAGACAAGAGAACUGUAGGUUUUGCAAGCUGUAUUUAGAUUUACCCCAAUGAAAAAAUGCAUAACUAAAUGCAGGUAUGUUUUCAUUUGUAGUAUAUUUACUAAACAGUGAUUUUUAUUUAUUUUGUAUUUGAGCAGUGGAUUGUCCCUUUAAUAAACUGAUAGCAGUCACACUGUGGCUUCUAUCAUUUUACUCACAGCUCGGUUCACUGUCUUGUAAACCAGACAUUGUGCAGUGAUUACCUACGCCACCAACUGCACAUGCCCUUCCUACUCAUGAGUCCAAUGUACACACACUGCACACUCAAGUUAAAGUGACACAGCAAACAGGGCAAUUAAAUGGCUCGUUUGGUGUAUUAGAAUUAUUACAAAUCGCUGCAACUGUAAACCACUCUCAACAGGAAAACUGGGUACAGGGUGCUUUCUGCACCAUAACAUUUGCAAUUGUUAUUGUGCUUAGAAUGGCCAUUAAUAUGCAGGAAAAAGUUCAUGUACAAUAUAUACUAUUUUAUUUCAACAUUAGACAGAAGACUAAUCAGUAUGUCUUUGGGGUUUUUAAUUUUAGUGGGAACUGUACAUUUUAGGGAAAAGUAGCCACGCUGGAAAAAUAAGUUUUUACAAUAUUUCCAAUUUGUCUGUUUUGGCCUCAAAUAAUUAUUAUAUAUGUGAAAAAGAAAUUAAAAAAGACAGACAAACAAAAUAUUAACUUUUUACUGGUAUUACUGCUACUGCACUUGAGCUUCAAUUAAAAUCAUCACAUUCUGGUCUGCGAGGUUUGAUCUUAUUCCAUAAACCCUGUCUGUUUGGAUAUAGGAUGAAUAAUUUUGGGGUUUUUUUCAGCAGCAGAUGCACUCAUCAGAUUGAAAAAACCUGAGUAGCCAUCCUACAGCUGUGAUCAGUUUACAUACAAUCCAGUUUACUAAUGAUGCAUACUUUGAAAAAAAAAAAAUAUAUAUAUAUAUAUAUAUAUUCUGUAUUUUUUUCUACAACAGGUUUUUCUUUUUUUUUUAUUGGAUUAUGUGACAUGUAUUUUAUAUAUUAUAUGUACCACAAGUUAUAUUUUGAUAACUUUCACACCCAAGAAGGUAUCAUUUUAUGGUACAUAACAUUUAGUCAAUAAUUUAAAUUUUGCUGGCAAACUCCCUAAUUCUUAAUCUGCUUUGCACCCUGCACUUUAAGACUAUCACAGAUUUCCAGGUUAGACAAAAGUAAAAUUGAAAAUACGAAAGUGUGACUUUCACAGAAUCAAUGCAUCUAAUAAAUCUCAGGAGUGCCACAGUUUUUGUCAAAACUACUCCUCAACGGUUUGACAACGAACUAGUCGAUGGGUCUAAGAGACUCUUGGCAAUACAACCACUACAUCACUGAACUCAUUUUUCAAACAUGGGUAGUUAAGGCAAUGCCGUGUACAUCAUUUAGGUUUCUGAUGGGGAAAUUCUUUUUCAAUAACUGCCAAUCGAAAUAAUUUGCUGGCGCGUAGCCAAAACAGAAUUACUCAUUUUUGAAUUGCCAUGACUUCUCUUUUAUUUGAUUUAGAUGUCAGGCACUUCAAGGCAUGACCGAGAAAUGGCCAUGCAGGCAAAGAAAAAUCUUGCUACGUGUACAGAUCCUGUGGAGAAGUUGCGUCUGCAGUGCCUGUCCAGGGGUUCUGCUGGUAUCAAAGGUUUGGGCAGGUAAGUAAUGCACACAGCUCUGCUACCUUUUAGACUGACUUAGCAUCAUGCCAAAAGUGGUCCUUGAUCAUCUGCAGUGCCAUCACGUUUCUCAUGAUGUUAGACAUGCCUUCAAUGUGGGCUGGGUGGAACGUAUAAAAGGAGCAGGCAUGUGAAAGGUGUGCGGAUAAAAGAGGGGCUAAAUUAGCCGCACUCACAGAAAAUAGCAGAGAAGCCUUAAUUGUGAAGCCACAUGGUGCGUGACAAGUCUUCUGUGGAUAAAGAGUAGUACUAAAUCCAAAUAAAUAACAAGCCAAAAAAUAAACAGACUGCUUCAAGAAGCCUCUCGUAUAACCGUACUACACAAAUAUCAGCCGAUGGUCUAUAUCAAGUAUUAAUUUCCAAGAGAUCCUACUAUGUAGAUCAUGUUGACAAAUGAAAGCAAAGUGUCUCGCCUAAUCUUCCACACUUUCCAGACACAUAGCACGGGUAUUGCUGUCAAUGUUACAUGCCUUGUAUUUAAAGUUAACACAUUAACAUUAAAAAUAAAUAUUUUUAAUGUUAAAGUGUUUCUUAUUGGAUUGGAUUCCAGUGCUUUCCCCCUUUUCUCCUUUUAAAAUAAAAACAAAAUUUUUUUUUAAAUUUUUUUUUUACAUAUCUAUUCUUUAUUUCAAAAUAUUUUUUUAUAUAUAAAUACACAAUGACAAGCCCAUGCAUUACAACAGAAAACAUAUUUAUGCGAUUAUAAAUGUGACAUAGUGUUAUAUCUUAUUUUAUAUCCCUUAUUUUAACACAAUGCUCUUAUUCAAAAUGUACAUAUUACUUCGCAUAACCAACACAUGACAUUAUAAUAAUUUAAACUCUACUUAAAUUAAAGAAUUCCUGUGAGACGGACCAGGCUAACUAGGAUUUCAAUAUAUCGUAUUCCCAUUCUGCUCUUAUUCUAUAAUGUAUUUUAAUGUAUUCAAGGGGUUAAAAAGAAAAAGAGAAAAUAAAUAUAGAUCUGUUGUAUUUUAAACAGCCAUUCCUUCAACCUUUUCCUAGCUGUUAAUGUUAUUCCCAUUUCCAUAUUUAAUUGGUAGAUCAGUUGUUCUUUAACUAAUUCCCAACAAGGAACCUUAGUAGAUUUCCAGAUUCUUGCCACCAAUAAUUGUGCAGACCACAAUAUAUGCAUAACCAAUGCAGAGAAUUGCCCAAAUAUUUGAUACCUGUUUAGAUGCAAUAAAAAGAUGCUGGAGAGUAGAACCAAACACAGGUAUUGCUGUCAAUGUUACAUGCCUUGUAUUUAAAGUUUACACAUUAACAUUAAAAAUACUAUUUAACCACUAUUGCAGUUGCUCCACCAUCUUCAGAGAUCAUCUGUCUAUCUAGAAUGAUCUCUGGUCCAAACCACUGCUUCUCCUACCUAGAGAAUCAAUGAUGGCCUAUUUGGCAGGCAGGGCAAUCGCCGCACUCAGCCAAUUGGAUUCUUCUGAUAGAGAAGCACUUUAUCUAAUGCUUCUUGCAAGGGAGCUAUAGUGCUAGGAAUACAACUUUGUGUUCAUAGCACUAUAGUAUCCCUUUAAAUAAAGUCUUCACUAGGAAGUGCCUCUAGGGGCUGUCAGUCUGAAUUCCACUAGAGGAAUGUUAUAGCAAAAUGCAAAAUGUAAACAUUGCCAUUUCUAAUGAAUUAUUAAAAUUAAGUGCCUUUGAUAGUUAGAGUGUCUCUUUUAAGCAGCUCCUAGAACUGUCCUCCCCAGUAGAAACUAUCACAGAAAGCCAGACUCAUCAUGCAUAUAUAAUGUUGUAGCAUUAUAUGAGUCAUGCAGUUAUUGAUUUCUGGGAUAUGCAUUUGUUUCCAUAGAAUAUUUAGAAUUAUGGAUGACGAUAAUAACAGAACCCUCGAUUUCAAAGAGUUUGCGAAAGGACUAAAUGAUUUUGGUUUGAUGAUGGAAAAGCAGGAGACUCAAGAAGUAUUCAGCAUAUUCGACAAAGAUGGUAGUGGUACAAUAGAUUUUGAUGAAUUCCUUGUCACAUUACGUGUGAGUAUGUAUAAUUCAACAUUUAGACAGUUUUGUAUUAGGAUAUCAUUGUAAGUUUAAUGAAUUAUCUGCAGUCAUAUUUUUUUAAUUUGAGGAAAUAUUUGGUGUUAGUGAUUUGCUUACAAACAAUAUGCAUGAGUGUGUUCUUGUUAAAAACAGUUGCAAGACAACAUGAUUGGAACAAAAAAUACUACUUUGGUAGCAAAUCACACAUGAGCUAUCCUUUCUGAUACAGAUAGUAUCUGUCUUAAAGUAACACUAGAGUAAAUAUAGAAAAUUAAUAUUGAUCCACUCACUCAAGGAUAAAAGCCAAAAUAGCAGCUUUAUUUAGAGCAAAACAACAUCAACGUUUCGACCCAUAAACCCUUUAAACACCACCUUGCUGGCUCCGUCUCCGCUUCCUCCUAUAUUAUUAUGUGGGGAAAGCUAAUGCGCACGCAUGGCGAGCACAGAGCGCAUUGGGCCUACCACAUAGGAAAGUAUAAAAUCAAAGCUUUCCUAUGGGGAUUUAGAAGACGCUGGACAUCCGCAUGCAAAGUGUGAGGACAUCCAGCAUUGUUUCAUGGAGUUAAACUCUGUGAAAAAGCAGGAAGCGCCUCUUGUGACACUUCUUCUUCUUUAAAACCGCAAAGUUUUCAGAUGCAGGAUUAAGGGGGGCACUGCUCCCAGACCACUUCAAUGAGAUGAAGUGGUCUGGGUACCUAUAGUGUCCCUUUAACAACUAUGAAAUAUAUAUAUGUUACAGUUAAAGUGCAGAAAUCAGUUAAAGCGAAUGCCCCUAAGCCCCCCACAUUACCUAUUUUUUAAUCUUUAUUUUCUGCCCCGAUCUAUAUUCAGGGCGCCGCCAUCUUUGUGUGGGUAGAUGAAGUCCCUGUGGGACACGUCAUCUGUCCACACUAGAUAGCACUGAGAUUCCCGCACAUGCCCAGUGAAACACUUGGACAUGCGAACGGGAAUUUCAUCUAUUCAUUCAUUCGUCAGAAAGACGAAUGAAUGAAUAGAAAUGUCAGACGAACAAACAAACACUGAAUAUCAGUGUUCGUUUGUUCGUUCAGUUUAUUACAAGGAGGGAGCUACCGGCACGCAGCUCCCUCCUUGUAAUAUGUAAAGAUAGAAGCGGCAGGGAGCAGUGCUCCCCGCCACUUCAUAAGCCCCCCAGGUCUCCUCUCACUCUAUGGGGGUCAAUAUGACCCCCAUAAUAGCAUAAGGGAGAUUAAUACCACGAGUAGGGGCAUGUCCACUAAACAGUGAGCAGCCUGUGGCUGCUCACUGUUUUAAAAAAGAAAACUACUAUCCGGCCCCCACCCCUGUGCGGCGGGUGGGGACCCUAAAAAACAAUAAGGGGGGGACCUACUGUCCUCCCCCCCUGGCCCCCACACCUGAGCGGUGGGUGGGGGCCCUAAAAAACAAUAAGGGGGGGACCUACUGUCCUCCCCCCCUGGCCACCACCCCUGAGCAGUUGGUGGGGGCCCUAAAAAACAAUAAGGGGGACCUACUGUCCUCCCCCCCGGCCCCCACCCCUCAGCAGUGGGUGGGGGCCCUAUAUAGGAAUGGUAGGGGGGGACCUACUGUCCUCCCCCCUGGCCUCCACCCCUGAGCAGUGGGUGGGGGCCCUAAAAAACAAUAAGGGGGACCUACUGUCCUCCCCCCGGCCCCAGCCCCCACCCCUCAGCGGUGGGUGGGGGCCCUAUGUAUGAAUGGUAGGGGGGGACCUACUGUCCUCCCCCCUGGCCCCCACCCCUGCAUGGCGGGUGGGGGCCCUAAAAAACAAUAAGGGGGGGACCUACUGUCCUCCCCCCUGGCCCCCACCCCUGAGCGGUGGGUAGGGGCCCUAAAAACAAUAAGGGGGGGGGACCUACUGUGCCCCCGGCCCCCACCCCUGAGCGGCCGGUGGGGGCCCUAAAUAAAAAUUCACCCCCCAAUCAAGGUGACUAGGGGUCCCAAGCCCCUAGUCACCCCCCCUCACCCAAAUAAAACUAUCCCCUACCUACCCCCCCUCACCCUAAAAAUAGUGAGGGGGGAAUAAAAUAACUAACCUGUAAACAAAAAUUAAACUUACCAUUUGACGUCUUCUUUUUUUAAAAUCUUAAUUUUUCAGCCCCAAGAAAGGCUAAAUAAAAAGCUAUCAUACCCGUCGAACUUAAAAUAAAAUAAAAAACCCGAACGCAAAAAAAAAAAUCCUGCUGAAAAAGAAAAAACCUGACGCUAAAAAAAUUAAUCAAUCUUCACCCAUGGAAGGCUCCGCGCAGACUGAGCUCUGCAGGGCAGCCCUGCAAUUAGGCUAAGAACACUCUGAUUGGUUGGUUUAAGCCAAUCAAAGUGCUCUUUGUCAUUUUACAUAGCGUGGGAAAAUUCCAAAGAACUUCCCCACGCUGUGUAAAAUGACACAGAGCACUGUGAUUGGUUAGAUUCCAAGCCCACCAAUCAGAGUGCUCUUUGUCAUUUUACACAGCGUAGGAAAAUUCCAAAGAACUUUCCCACGCUGUGUAAAAUGACACAGAGCACUCUGAUUGGGUGGCUUGAAAUCCAUCCAAUCACAGUGCUCUGUGUCAUUUUACACAGCGUGGGAAAGUUCUUUGGAACUUUCCCACGCUGUGUAAAAUGACAAAGAGCACUCUGAUUGGCUUAAACCAACCAAUCAGAGUGUUCUUAGCCUAAUUGCAGGGCGGGGCAAGGCUUUAUAAGCCUUCCCCGCCCUGCAGAGCUCAGUCUGCGCGGAGCCCUCCAUGGGUGAAGAUGGAUUAAUUUUUUUAGCGUUGGGUUUUUUCUUUUUCGUCAGGAUUUUUUUUUGCGCUUGGGUUUUCUAUUUUAUUUUAAGUUCGACGGGUAUGAUGGCUUUUUAUUUGGCCUUUUUUGGGGCUGAAAAAUUUAGAUUUAAAAAAAAAAAAGACAUCAAAUGGUAAGUUUAAUUUUUGUUUACAGGUUAGUUAUGUUAUUCCCCCCUCACUAUUUUUAGGGUGAGGGGGGUAGGUAGGGGAUAAUUUUAUUUGGGAGGGGGGUUACUAGGGGCUUGGGACCCCUAGUCACCUUGAUUGGGGUGCAUUUUUAUUUAGAUCCUCCAUCCGUCGCCCAUGGGUAGGGGCUAGGGGGGAGGACAAUAGAUCCCCCCCUAAUUGUUAUUUAGGGGGGCCCCCUCCCACCGCGCGUGGGUGGGGGCGGUUAGUAGUUUUUUUUCUUUUUUUUAUAACAGUGAGCAGCCACUGGCUGCUCACUGUUUAAUAGACAUGCCCCUACUCACGGUAUAGCGAGUAGGGGCAGAAUUUACUUAUACUAAGUAAUCUUUACUUAGUAUUAGUAAAUUUGGAUGAAAGACCAAUUUAGGUCUUUCAGCAUUUUAGUAGAUAACUCCCUGAUACCGUGGGCAUUAGGGAGUUAACUACUAAGCGGCUGCAAGAUGCAGCCACAGCACGAAUAGGAUCGGCGUUUCAUUCAUUCGAAUGAAAUUGCGAUCUGAACAAAGUCCCGAAUUGCAUCCUAACACGAAUGGAGAAACUGUUCUCAUUCUGUUAGGAUGCAAUUCGGCAGUUUUGUCGGCGUUCUGUCUAAGUGACAGGACGUUCGGCAAUACUGACAGGAAGCAUCGUGGGAACAGGGAGGAAAGCUAAGGAUCAUGGGAAAAUUGCUCUGACCAGCGGAAAUGAAGCACACUUUGCUCCUCCGCUGGUCAAAGCUGGUCAAGCGGAGGAAACCUCCAUAAGGCAAAGAGUCCCUACUUUGUCUUAUGAUUUUAAAGAAAACUAAAGAAGACAGGAAGAAAAGAAGAACAUAUCCUGAGAGAGGGGAAGAAGAGGAAGAGAUUGAGGAAAGGUAAGUUCGGCAUGACAGUGCCGCUUUAAUGUGCACAUUAUCUAGUUAAUCUGCAGAUUAACUAGGGCGAUCAGUUAAAAGUGCAGAAAAUGAUUUCGUUUCUCAAAUAUUUCUCAAAUUACCUAGGUAAUCUGCACGUUACCUACUAGGCACUCGUUAAAGUGCAAAAAAAUCAUUCUGUCCUCAAUCUCUCUGAGGGGCUCACAGCUCUGGAGGACACCAUGGUGUGCACAGGCUGCUGUUCUGUUCUUGUCUGGACCACAUAGUCACAUACCUCUUCAAACAGUUUAUCCCGAACUGGUAAGAAACGAGGAGCCCCCACCACCACAAGAGAGCGAGCUCUUCCUGCACAUUAUGCAGCUACACCCUGAAAUGAUCCCAGCAGAUGCUCGCCUCUGUUCUCUAUAUCAUCAUAUAUUUGAAGACUGUCGCAAUCAGUGGUCCAUGAGCAGACCUCUCCUUGGUCUCAUUCUCCUCAAUGAGAGAAGUAUUUCUCUGACUUACGGAGCAGCAUUGUUAGUAGCCAGCCCCCCUCUGAGAAGCAACAAGCCAUGUGUUUAUGCUUUGAGAAUUUGAUGGUGGAGGGCACUUGCUCACAAAAAGAUUUGAGACAGGUUCACACAGAAUCUUUCUGCCUUCAGACGAGAAGUGUUCUGCGAGGACGUUUUUGUAAUAAAUAAUUUCCUCUUUUACAGAGGGAAAGAAACAAACAUUUUGCACUUUAACUAGAUGGAAGUAGUUAAUGUGCACAUUACCUAGGUAAAGUGCGGAAAACUCUUGAUUCCGCACUUUAACUGAGCAAAUCAGUUAAUCUGCAGAUCAACUAGUUAAUGUGCACAUGAACUGAUUUCUCACUUUAACUGUAACAUAUAUAUAUAUAUAUAUACGGCUAGUAGCUUAGGACUUCACAUUUUAAACCCUGUAUACAUUAUGUACAUAUAAUAUAUAGUGGCAAGUUAAAGGUAACUUGCCACUGCAAGCCAUAGCAUACACACCAGGGGUACAUUGCUACUCACCACAGCUAAAUUUUCAAUCGCUGAUAGCUAGUGGAAAUUUUGAGCCAUGCUAUAUAUUUCAUGAUUAAGGCUUAGCCUAGGUGAACAUGUCAAGCUUUUACUAUAUCCAACCACAGUGCUAUUCAGUGGGGGCCUGACAACACACAGGACUACUGUGCAAUGGGAAAUCAAGGCCCCUUCCCAGUGUAGGGAUUUUGGCUACACAGGCAAAGAUACAUUUUGUGCCCCCAUCCCCAGCCCCCACUCUCAAACAGAUAAUAUGACUAUGCUGCCGAGCAUACAGAAUAGCUGUGUGAAAGCUCAAACAUGCAGGCAGCACCAAACAGUGAUAGAUUUACUUUUAAGCGGUUAUUUCAACAAAAACUGUUUUUUUAUUAAACCUUGCUGACAUAUCCCCUCUGUUAAAAUUUUUUAAAAAAAGCAAUAGACUAACCUCUCUGUCCCAAUUUUCAGAGGGUAUGUACACAAAGGUAAUGGUCAGUAGGAGUAGGUGUCGGGCUCUUUGCUUGUGUAUAUAUACCAGCCACAAACAGUCAAGGCAACAAAGCAUGAAAUGUCAUGACACUUGGACAGCCUUCUCUCUUUUCAUCAGUCAUUUGUAAUAAUUUUAUUUUAGCCACCUAUGUCCAACGCAAGGAAAGACGUCAUCAAUCAAGCAUUUAGGAAGUUGGACAAAAGUGGAGAUGGUAUUGUAACAAUUGAGGAUUUACAAGGUGUAUAUAAUGCAAAAUACCAUCCAAAAUACAAGAAUGGAGAGUGGACAGAAGAGCAGGUUUUUAGGAGUUUUCUUGAUAAUUUCGAUUCUCCGUAUGACAAGGAUGGCAAGGUAUGAGAUGCCAUUUAAAUUAACUUUUAUUUUACUGAUUAUUUUAUUUUUAAGAUCCAGAUAUUUUUAAGUCAUCUUCAUCAAAAUAGUUUAAAGUCACUAAAAUAUAUUAAAAUAUAUAUAGAAAAAGAUGGCAAUGUGUUUGGAUUACAUAUGGCAAGAGACAGAAUCCAUGAACAGUGCUGUGUUAGGUUAGCAAACCUUUCAUUAAACAUCUUGUAAGACUUAGAGUUGAGAAGAAUGUAUCAUGAAAUCAGUGAUUGCUAACCUUUGGCAUCUUGGGAAAUAUAGUCUACAAACUCUGCAGUGCCAAAGUAUUACAGCAGUAUUUAUAAUAAAUCUGUGGGAUAUUGUAUAUAUCUUUUACCACAUCCUCUCAUAGUGGAUGAUGAUCAAUAUGAUGACCCUUUAUCAUUAAUUGAAACUGGCUAUUAUUCCCCAGUGAGACUCCAGCCAGAAAGUGUAACUAGUCCAGAUUUAACCCUUUGCACAUACAUUUGAUCUAAAUUAUAUGAGAAUGGGUUCAGACUGAAGAAGGUACAUUUUACAUUUAUACACCCACAGGUUAUUUUCACUAUGCCUUCGAUAAUCUCUACCUUUAAGUUCCUCUUACACAUAUAAAACAUCUGUUUAUUAAAACACUCUAUAACACAUAGUUACAUAGUUACAUAUAGUUACAUAGCUGAAAAGAGACUUGCCUCCAUCAAGUUCAGCCUUCCUCACAUUUGUUUUUUGCUGUUGAUCCAAAAGAAGGCAAAAAAAAAAAAAAAAAAAGUUUGACGCACAAUUUUGCAACAAGCUAGGAAAAAAAUUCCUUCUUGACCCCAGAAUGGCAGUCAGAUUUAUCCUUGGAUCAAGCAGCUAUUACCCUACUUUGAAAGAUUAUAUCCUUGAAUAUUCUGUUUUUGCAAGUAUGCAUCUAGUAGCUGUUUGAACAUCUGUAUGGACUCUGAUAAAACCACUUCUUCAGGCAGAGAAUUGCACAUCCUUAUCGUUCUUACAGUAAAAAAACACGUUACCUUUUCUUGUCAAUAUUUUUCAUUGCAUUUUUCUUGUAGCAGGCUGAUAUUUUCUUGUAGAAUUGACUUCUACCCAGAAGCCUGUGUUGUGUGUUUUCUCACUUUACUUUUUACCGUAUUAGGUCACACCGGAAGAAUUUACAAACUACUACGCUGGUGUCAGCGCAUCAAUUGAUACUGAUGUUUACUUCAUUACCAUGAUGAGAAAUGCCUGGAAACUUUAAGUGUAGGAAUUGAAAAACAGAAAGCUGUUUUUUUUUUUUAUUGAAUCACGAUGAUUAAAUAAAGAUAUAUCCGGAAAUGCAGGCAGAUUUCAUCCGUAACACUGUAUUCACAGAUACGCACAUUAACAUGUCAUAUUCACAUUGCAUUAGUUCUCUUGUAGUUUGACCUCUUUCAUUACAUAUUAGAUCCCUAAUUACUUUUCACAUCCUUGGGGAUCUAUUCACUAAACAUUUGUUUGAUAAGUGGCUUGUCGUUUGUAGAUUAGUAUAGCAGAGUUACAAAAAAUGACUUAGUUAAAACGUCUUUCCAUCCAUCUGUUGUGACUAAUGUGGACAACAUUUGCAAGCCAUUUGUCAGCUCACCACAACUCACUCUUUAGUGAUCCCAAGUAAUACCUCUUGAGCUGGUCUGCUUCUUGUUUGGCAUUUCUUUUUCUGUUCUUCUGAUACAUGAUUCAGAUUAAUAAUGGACCACAACUGAUGUUCAGCUAUUGGCACAUUGCUAGAAACAUAAAACAUCCUGCAAAUAGAAGCAGCCUGCAAAUCUAGGCAAUUUAAAGAGUAAAUAUUACGAAAUGAGACAAAUAGCAUAAAACUGCAUAUUUAGAAAUGAAAGAUAUGAUAUGCAUGGGAUGAAAUAGCAUAUAUUUCAAAUAUUAAAAUUCUAGUUAAAAAAUAGCAUAUAAAAAUGAAAUAGGCAUAAUACCGUGAAAUGGCAUGAGAGUAAUUUAUCAAAUGGGAUCAAAUGAAUUAUUUAUUUAUCUAUGAAUGCAGCAGAGUCCUGUGAAUGUUUACUGCCAUUAUUAACACCCACAACUACUGUAGACACACUUUUAGAUUUGAGGUCAUACAAAAAGCUAAUUAUUUCACCUUUAACACCAUAGUCUAUCCUGCCUGCAUUUCCGUGAUUUAAUUAUUAUUAUUUUUUGCUAUAAUACAAUAAUAACAUAACACUUGCAUGUUUCAUAUGUUUCACAUUUAACCACUAACAAAACAUACUAACCUUUGCAAAAUCAACACUGAAAAAUUUGGUCAAUUAUGUUCAGUUACAGUUUAACAAAUACUUCUGUAAAUUUUUGUAUCUUUUGUUUCAUAUAUUAUUAAAAUGUACUCUAAAAGAGAGACGUACUAAGAAAGUCAAAGAGCUGGAGAUGAAAAGCCAGUGUGGUUCUGUGGAUGCUCAUUUGCAAGCUGAACAUGGAUAUUUGUAAAUUAUGGCUGACUAAGCAUCAUUAUAAUUAUUGGCAUUUAUAUAGCAAACAAGAAACAAUUAUUACAAAUGUUAACAACAAACAAGAGGUUAUUUGGGACCCAGCUUGAACAAACUUACAAUCGUGUUAAAAAUUAAGUUCACAAAGAAAACACAAGAUUAGCUAUUACAGACAUUUUCAUUCUGCAACUUUUUCAUCACACAACAGCUGAACAGCAUUCACAUGCAGUUAGAGUGUCACAAAUUACAUGUUUUAAACAAUUCUCCUAUUUAAAAUUUUAAACCAAAGUUGUAAUUAGAUGAAUCUCCUUAUAACAUGGGUGAUUUGGCUGAACACAAAUAUCCAAAUUGCAAGUGAAUUGCCUUUUUUCAGGUCUUCUUAUAACCCUGAGGGGAAUAGCAUGUACAAUUGUAAAUCCCCAAUCCCCUAAACUACUCUUAUAUUAGCAGAAUAUAUUUUGGAGCAGUCAAAUACAGUUUUACAAUACUAUACAGUUCGAAAUUUGGUGAAUGUGGUUGAGCUAUUUUGAGCUGAAGCUCACUACGGUAAAUAAAUCCAUUUCAAAAUAGCAGGGAUACAUUUGGGUCAAUUUAGCGAGCAUUCAGUAAACCAUAGAGGGAAUGUAACAAUUAAAUGUGGGACCUUUGAAUCCAAUGAUAUCAACAAGAUUUGCAAAAGCAAAUUCAUUGCACCAUGUCAGCUAUAAUCAUCUGAUAAUACCAUAUGCAAAGGUUAAGGAUGGGGGUAGCUCCUUAUUGCCCUCAGGGCCAUAUUGGGAACCAAAAGCAUCCCUGGAAAAAAAAAAUAUUCUAGCCAUAUACUUCAUUGUGCCAUAUAGUGUAUUGGUAUUUUUUUUUAUUUUUUAUUUCUGUACUGUUAAAUUGUUACUUACCUAAUAGAUGUUAUGUGUAAUGUGCUGUGCUGCACUGAAGAACCAGGUCCCGUGGCCCACUAGGAAAUUUGAGGGUAUCCUGGUGGCCAGUCCGACCCCGCACCUUAAUUAAAGGAUCACCAUAGGGUCAGGAACACAAACAUGUAUUUCUGACCCUAUAGUGUUAAAACUAUCAUCUACCCCCCUGGGCCCCUCAUGCCUCCAUAAAUAUAGCAAAAUCUUACUGUAUUCAAGCCAGAAGCUGUAACUCUGCAUGCUGUUUUCCUCAAAAAACAAAACAAAAAACAAGCAGUCUGCUGACAUCAUCAGAAGUGAUAGCCUGAUCCAACCUGACAAGGAGGCAGAUCAGUGGCAGAGCCAGCAUGAUUCAAACACAGCCCUGGCCAAUCAGCAUCUCCUCAUAGAGAUGAAUUGAAUCAAUGAAUCUUUAUGAGGAAAGUUCAGUGUCUGCAUGCAGAAGGAGGAGAUACUGAAUGAAAGGAUGCAUUUUAGGCAGCCAUGACCCAGGAAGGAUCUCUAACAGCUAUCUGAGGAGUGGCCAGUGAAGUUAUCCAUAGGCUGUAAUGUAAACAGUGCACUCUGAAAAGAUAGUGUUUACACAAAAUGCCUGAAGAUAAUGAUUCUACUCACCAGAACAAAUUUAAUAAGCUGUAGUUGUUCUGGUGACUAUAGUGUCCCUUUAAGUAAUACAACAUAAAUAGAGAAUGUCAGUUGAGAUUUUUUUUAAUGGUUAUUUAAAAUGGAAUUGCUUGUGAAGUUUAUGUGCUUGAGAUAUAUUUUCAAACAUUGGAAAUAAUUAGUUGAGUCUCAUCAACAAUUCUUAUGUUCACAAAAAAGGGAUACAUGGCUAAUGAAGAGGGACUGUCCCACCUGCUCAAAGACACUAGAGAGAUAUGAAUAUGACCUCAUGUUUAGAUGUCUCCAAUUUUGUAUCUUUCUAAUUCUUACUAGCAUGUUUUGUAACUGUUUUAUUAAUCAGGGUGGCAGAUCUGUUUUCAUGGGAAUCCAGCAAUGACCCUUCAAUUGUUGUUUUAUACUUAUUAAUUAUUUGCAAGCCAGAUGAGACUAUUAUUCAACCAUCAGCUAGAAUGCAAUGGAUGAAAUGUUCUGGGACAAUGUUAGACACAAAUAAUAUUUAUGCUGGUUGAAAAAGAAUAUUUAAAGUUAACCUGUCUUGACAGGUUCACAUGAAUGAAUCCUAAAGCAUUAAAUAUAUAAUUUAUCGUACACAUAAAUCAUACAUUUAAUUACUUUAGCAGCUGUUAGGACCACUAAAGGCACCUAGACCACUUCAUCUCAAUGACAUGGUCUGGGUGCACUGACCUUUUACUAUUAGCCCUUCAGUCUAAAGCAUUGCCUUUUAGUAAAUAGAACAAUGUAUCCUCAAUGCUCCUAAUGGUUCCACUCGAUGGUGGAAAAAAUAAAGUAAAAAGUUUUUCUAUAUUUCUUUACAUGUCAAAAGGGGAAGGGGGAGGGAGAGGGGCUGAAUCUAAAUAUUGACCAGGAUACUGUAGCAUUAGAAAUACAUGUUUGAAUUCCUAACAUUAUAGUUUUCCUUUAAGGUGAUACUAAUCUCUUGGACAGUGCUUCCGACGUCACUAUAAUAAAUGGAUCAAGGAUUUAACAUGCACCUUUGAGUCCACCCUGGGGUGACUCAAAGCAAGGCGAUGCUAACUUACCCAAGCAAGGCGAUGCUGACAUGAUGGCUUCAUUGCAUUUUCUGUCCAUCAGCAUGUGAAUAGAGAGAUAUCUGUUACUCCGCUGCAAUACUUUUUUAACAAAUGCAAGAUGCACUUGUUAGAGAAAUAAUCAUAGGCGUGCGCAACACCCUAUGUAUAAGGGUGUGCACCCUAAAGCAGAAACACACACGCCGCGUAUAUAUAUAUAUAUAUAUAUAUAUAUAUAUAUACACAUAUACACAUACACACACACACACACACACACUGCUGUGUGUGUGAGGGUGCUGUGUGUAGGUGCUGUGUGUGUGUGUAGGUGCUGUGUGUGAAGGCGCUGUGUGUGUGCAGGCGCUGUGUGAAGGCGUUGUGUGUGUGUGUGCGGGCGCUGUGUGUGUGUGAAGGCGCUGUGUGUGUGAAGGCACUGUGUGUGAAGGUGCUGUGUGUGUAAGGGUGCUGUUAGUGUGUGCUGUGUGUGUGUAUGUCUAAGGGUGCUGUGUGUGUAAGGGUGCUGUUAGUGUGUGCUGUGUGUGUGAGGGUGCUGUGUGUGUAAGGGUGCUGAUAGUGUGUGCUUUGUGUGUGUGGGUGAGGGUGCUGUGUGUGUAAGGGUGCUGUUAGUGUGUGCUGUGUGUAUGUGUAAGGGUGCUGUGUGUGUAAGGGUGCUGUUAGUGUGAGGGUGCUGUGUGUGUGUGUGUAAGGGUGCUGUGUGUGUAAGGGUGUUGUUAGUGUGAGGGUGCUAGUGUGUGUGUGUGUGUAAGGGUGUUGUUAGUGUGUGCUGUGUGUGUGUAAGGGUGCUGUGUGUAAGGGUGCUGUUAGUGUGUGCUGUGUGUGUGUGUGUGUGUGUGUGUGUGUAUGUGUGAGGGUGCUGUGUGUGUAAGGGUGUUGUUAGUGUGAGGGUGCUGUUAGGGUGUGUGUGCUGUGUGUGUAAGGGUGAUGUAUUUGUGUGUGCUGUAUGUUUGUAUGUUUGUGUGUAAUGUGUAGGAGCCGUUUAGUUAAUAUCCCCCUCCCUUCUUACCUUAUAUAGGGAGGUGGUCCUGUGGAGAGUGAACUAGCCCCCUGUGGGGCUAGAGUUCACUCUCGCGAGAUCUGAGCGUUGUCACGGUAACCGCGGCAACGCUCCGACCUUGCGAGAGGAACCCGGCGGAGCUGCUGACAAGAGCUCCCCGGGUCCUCUCCUGCCUCCCUCCCUGUCAUCACACCGAGCACCUGCAACAACCAGGACAUACCUAGAAUGUUGUAUAUUGUAUAUGCAGGACUUAAAUUCCGCCCAAGAAUGUGGUCCCAUCAAUUUAUAUCUCUCCUAGUCCCAGAUCUUAUAUUUAAGAAGUCAUUUCAUGUCAAGCAAAUGAUUUACCCUAUUAGGUCAUUUGAUGCUGUGGAUCCACAACCAUUUACUCAAACACUUUUUGUUAUUUGUUUAAACAUUUAAUUUUAACAUAAAGGUGCAGAGUAUGUAAACUCCUUGAAAUGUUUAUUGUUUUUAAAUUUGCUACCCUAUUAAAUGGCUCUGAGCGUCCAUCUAUUACAUAGACAUGUAGCAUCAUUAGAUAUAACCUUAUCAAAACUAACGGUAACUUGUGCUUUUAAAUUCAAGUAAUUUUACAUGUUUAAUGAAUGUAUAAUUUUAAAGGUUUAAGACUUGAAACUGAGUAUAUGGUUGUGGAGCAAAGCAAUGGAAAUGUACUUACCCUUCUUUGAUCUCCCUCACCAGCCCACGGAGGGAGGCACAUAGCAUGUGCCGCGGGGAUUAGGUUGUGCCUAGGCACACCCGGCACACCCCGUGCGCACGCCUAUGGAAAUAAUCACAGCAACUACAGCUGGAGGUGUAGGAGGCACCAAAACUAUUAAACUUUAUGGUUCUUAAUUUACUCUAAAGUUCAGUUUAAUGUAAUUGUCACACUUUAAAACAUGUUUGCAGUUAAAAUGUUAAAUCCAAGCUAUUGAUUGACGUGUUAUUUUUGGAUUGACUUUAAAAAAAAAAAAAAAAAAAAAACUAAAUUAACAAGAUAACUACUAACAAAUGUCAAGGUAAUUUCUAUUUGUUUCUUACAAAUACAUGUAUUUCCAUAAUGACCAAAUCAAAUUAAAUGUUACUUUUUUUCACAAUUCUCGUUUCAGGUUACAAAAGAUGAAUUUCUGAAUUAUUAUUCUGGAGUUAGUGCCUCUAUCGACAGUGAUGCCUACUUUGUACUGAUGAUGACAAAUGCCUGGAAAUUGUGAUAAAUGUAUAUUUUAAGAUGUUUUGUUUCUGUUUUUGUUCACUUGAAUAAUAGAUUGUUUCAGCCCAUAACACCAGAAAAGGUCCAAAAUGGCAUGUAGCAUUAAAGUAUCUUGUUUGAUAUGUGUGCCAUUACAACUUAAAAAGUGGUGAAAACCAGGUUUUUUGUUAUAGAUUUGUAUUACUUGCAGUAAAUUCGGACUAGCUACAACUGAUUAGUUUUGCUAUUUAUAAGGAAAAAACAUCACACCGAGCACCUGCAACAACCAGGACAUACCUAGAAUGUUGUAUAUUGUAUAUGCAGGACUUAAAUUCCGCCUAACAAUGUGGUCCCAUCAGUUUAUAUCUCUCCUAGUCUCAGAUCUUAUAUUUAAGAAGUCAUUUCAUGUCAAGCAAAUGAUUUACCUUUAUUAGGUCAUUUGAUGCUGUGGAUCCACAACCAUUUACUCAAACACUUUUUUUUAUUUGUUUAAACAUUUAAUUUUAACAUAAAGGUGCAGAGUAUGUAAACUCCUUGAAAUGUUUAUUGUUUUUAAAUUUGCUACCCUAUUAAAUGGCUCGGAGCGUCCAUCUAUUACAUAGACAUGUAGCAUCAUUAGAUAUAACCUUAUCAAAACUAACGGUAACUUGUGCUUUUAAAUUCAAGUAAUUUUACAUGUUUAAUGGAUGUAUAAUUUUAAAGGUUUAAGACUUGAAACUGAGUAUAUGGUUGUGGAGCAAAGCAAUGGAAAUGUACUUACCCUUCAGUGUUCCAAAUAAAGCACAUAAGGUGGAGACAUUGUUAUGUAAGUGAUGACCAGAAGUUAAAGGGUUGCUCUAACAAAAAAAAACAUUUUUAAUAAAACUCUGUUAAUGGUUAGAGUAAUCCUUACUGUUAUCCUUUCUCCCGCCUCCCCCCAAAGUUAAAAUAAUAAAGGAGAAUGUACUUGUGAUUUAACACUAAAGUCAAGUUCUCCCCGAAGCCUGAUUCUCCUAUGGUAACACCAGUUACCCUCACUGCAGGGUAAGCACUGCAGUAUGUCCCAGAGGAUGGGCUAAAGGGAAAAACUUGGCUUUAGUGUUAAAGGGAAGACAACUGGUCGUCUGUUGCCAGCAUGCUAUGCAUGCUGACGACUGACGGCAAAUAUGCCUAGUUUUGACAUUACCCAGCCAGGAACUCUUGUUCUGAACUAGCUAAUCAUCCUGUUGGAGGUGAAGUUACACCUCUAGUAGCAUUCAGUGUGCAUUAUUUCUUACUAAAACACUGCACAUACAGACUCCAAGCACUAUAACCACUUCAAAUCAGUGAAGUGGUCAUGGUGGUUGGAGUAGAUAUUAGAUAAUACUUCCCAAUCUACAGACAAGGUUGAUUUUUAUGAAUACAUAAAAAAUAGACAUGUUAACCUCUGUUCACCUCUACAUUUAUAAGAUCACAGUGCUGAUGAUCUAUAUUUGGUCAAAUAUAAGCAAAAUCUUGAUUAAACCCAGACUCUAACUGUUUCUACAGAUAUAUGAAAUGGUUCAAUGUAUACUAAUUCAUGUCUUGAUUAUCAAAUUGUUCUUUGCAAAGUGUAUGGGCAUUUUGAACAUAUCAGUUACAGUUUAUUCUGUAUAUUCAAGUGAAUAUUUAUGUUAUGC